AUGGGCAAAAAAUGCGACGUGUGCAAGAAGAAAUGCACGGGUGACAUCUUGAAAAGCCAGGACAAGUACUUUCACAUUGAUUGUUUUGUCUGUCGAGAUUGUGGACGUCAUCUGAAUGAAACGGGCUUCUACGUGACCCCAGAAGGGGUGUAUCUAUGCCCGCAAGACUAUCGUGGGGAACAGCUGAAGGCGGCUCAGGGUGUAGAUGCGGCACCUGCAGCCAUCAUCCCAACCCAGAAGCCUACCCAGCGGCCCACUGAACUUGCUCACCAGGGCGCCACUUCGCCACAACGGACCCGGUCACCAGUCAGCCCGCAAACGUGCGCCGCUUGCGAUCAAUCCCUCCAUACCGGCCAGGUUUUGCUUGCGUUGGGCGAGGCGUGGCACGUGUACUGCUUCAAGUGCGCGGAAUGCGGAGCUGUCCUUCAUGGAGAAUACAUGAGCCACGAGGGACGGCCACUAUGCCUUCGCGAUUACAAUGAGAAGCACGGGGUUCGGUGCUGCGAAUGUCACAAGUUCAUUGCCGGAAAGGUUCUACAGGCCGGCGGCUACAAAUUUCACCCAACAUGCGCGAGAUGUUCACGCUGCGGUGCGCAUUUUGGGGACGGCCAGGAGAUGUACAUGCAGGGAGACGAAAUCUGGCAUCCGCACUGCGAGACGUCACGCACGACGGAGAACAUUGCUCCUUCAAAAACGUCUAACCUCACCUCGAAGCGUACCGAUCCAAAGUACCAAGCAGCAUUCGGACAGCAUUUGACCUAUACCUACCUUUUGCCUGACGCCGAGGAGACAAACCUGAAGCACCCAAUCCCUCCUCAUGACCCUCAAGCCCCGCAGUUCCACGUCCCGCAGGGGCCAAUCAAGAUCCGGAAGUCACGAAUGGCCUUGCUAAAGACGGGAAUGCAGAGAUUGACCGAGGACAUGGUAAAGGAUCAACUACCACGCGCCAAAUCCCCGCAUAUGGACAACGAGGAACCGAUCGAGUUGGCACACUACCCAGCUGCGCAGGUCCCGGAUCCUAAAACACUCCCUGCCAUCGAGCGUGAAGAUUUCCCGGCUCCGCCUUUCCCUUAUGCCGUUGAGGAGCUGAGGCGAAGACUUUCGACGUCAUCUGUCGAAAAUGAGAUAUCUUCCGAUGAAGAGGAUGGUGAUCAUGCUCAUGAUAACGAGGAGAAGCUGAAGAAAACCGUCAAGCAACUCGAGCAAUAUGAGGAUUCUUCCAUUGCCGCGGUAAUCCGUCAAAAUAUCGAAGAAAGCCAGAAGAAGCAGAAGCUCCACCUCCACUGGGAUCCCCGGAAUGCUUCACGUACACCCUCCGCCAAGAAGAUGCCACAUUUGCGAUUCCGAUACGAUACACCGGUUAAUGCAUCCCCAUCCCGUCACUUGAACCGCCCUCAACCGUGGCGAGCAUGGCAAGGAACGAUGGGUGGCAAGCAGGGAAAUACGAUGCCCUGUUUCCAUGUCCCCGAAAGCCGUUCAUCCACACUACGCGCCAAUACUCUGCCCACCGGAUACUACGGGCAUUCGCUUGAGAAUCUGGAUGUCACAGUUGAAGCGGCCCCGAUGCGACAGGACUUGGGCGAAUCCCGGCCGGGUCUCCGCUCAUCACUACCGGACAUGAGCAGACCAGUCAAGACAUACCCCCUGGCCACGCUACAGACUACAAACAAGAAUGUGCCGGAGGAGUGUGACCGCAACCAUUUAGAGCGCCAUCUGAAUCGGGAUGAAUUCGAGGAGGUCUUCGGAAUGGCACCCAUCGAAUUCUACAAGCUGCCCGAGUGGAAGCGGAUCAACAUGAAGCGCAAGAUCAAGCUCUUC